AUGAAUCUUGCACUCUUGUACAAAUCUUAUAUGUUUGAAGCAGAAAUGGAACAUGAAGAAAUUUCUAGCGUCAAUCAAACCCCCAUGUUUCGACCACCACCUCAUAGAAUACUGUCUUUGGAUGAUAUAUCACUAGUCUCACCAUCACCAUCCUCACCGUCACCAUCUCUACCGUGUGUGGAGUCUGGUAAUUCUUCCCAACGACUUUUAACUCCUCAAGUGAAAGCCGAAUUGAUACCAAAAAUUGGACAACAAUUUGAUAACUUAGACAAGGUUUUCAAGUUUUACAACAAUUACACUAAGGAAGCUGGUUUUAGUCUGCGAAUCUAUUCUAGCAAGAUGAAUAAGAACAAGGAAAUCAUUAGGAAGGAGUAUGUUUGUUUCAAAGAAGGGGUGAGGAAAAAUUCUAAAGCCAAUAAACGGCGUCAGGGUUUAACUAGAGAGGGUUGUCGUGCAAAACUGUCAGUCAUGAAAAACCAGUUAGGUGAAUGGUUUGUUGUGAAACAAUUUGUUGAGGUGCAUAACUAUGAACUUACGACGCCAAAGAAGGUGCAUUUGUUGAAAUCUCACCGUCGAGUGUCGGAUGCUCAAAAAUCAUUAUUACAACAACUUUCAGCUACAAAUGUGCCACCCUGUCAACAAAUGAGUUUUUUUGAGGUGCAAGUUGGGGGUCUUGAAAAUGUUGGAUUUACACGACGAGAUCUUCACAACUAUGAGAGGGAUAAGAAGGCAUUUGUUGGUGGACAUGACGCCAAUAUGUUGUACGAGCAUUUUGAGAGGAAAAAAGAAAAGAAUCCCGAUUUUACGUUUACAUUCGAGAGAGAUGAUCAAGAUAGAAUGACUCAUUGUUUUUGGGCCGAUGCAACCUCUAGGAAGUCAUACCAAUAUUUUGGGGACGUGGUGGUGUUCGAUACAACAUACAACACAAACAAAUAUUGUUUGAUAUUUGCACCUCUAUUAGGGGUUAAUCACCACGGACAAACAACGCUUUUUGGGUGUGCAUUCUUAAGCGAUGAAUUAAGUGAUUCCUUUGAGUGGCUUUUCAAGGAAUUCUUGAAAGCGAUGGUUGGACCCCCGCCCAAAAUCAUCAUUACUGAUCAAGAUCCAGCAAUGACCAAAGCAAUUGCUUGUGUUCUUCCAACUACGUUUCAUAGAUAUUGCAUUUGGCACAUUGGCAAGUACGAAAUUCAUGAGAGAUGGGUGCCAGCAUUUACGAAACAUAUUUUCUCUGCUCACAUGACAAGUAGUGAAAGAGCUGAAAUUUCUCAUUCAUUCUUCAAGAGGUAUGUGUCUUUGGAUAAUUCAAUGUUGGAUUUUGUGACACGGUUCAAUAAUGCACUUUCACGUCUACGACAUAAUGAAUUGGAUUUGGAUCACAAGGAUGUAAAUGAGAAGCCAAUCUUGAGAACCUCGUGGUUGAUGGAAAAGAGAAUGAUUGAAAUAUACACACUAGAUAUAUUUAAGAAAUUUCAGGAGGAAAUAUUUCAAAUUGGUGCCUAUGUGCUUACGCUUACACAUGAGGAUGAACAUCGAUGUGUGUGGGAAGUUCAAAGGGAAGAAAUGGAAGCUGCGAGAGGUCGUAAGGUUUCGGUAGACAAGUUAUCGAACCAUGUGACUUGUAGUUGUAAGAUGUUUGAAUUCGACGGAAUUCCAUGUCGACACAUGUUGGCGUGCUUGUUUAGAAUGCAGAUUAGGGAACUCCCUACGAAGUACAUUUUUGUAGAGUUGGACUAA